AAUGAAGUACCUUUUUUUUUAAACGAACAAGUUGUAUAUUUAGAUAAAAUAAUAAUUAAUGCACAAAAGUCUUGUUUGAUAUUAACACGGAAUUUGAGGUUUUAUGAAUAUCAACAAAAACAAUUAAUACAAACAAUUGAUUUGAGUAGAACUUGUUUAUCAAAGAUUGAAAAUCAAAUAAAAACGUAUGAAGGACCAAAACAAAAGUAUACCUUUACAAUACAAAAAUCUGAAAAUAAAUCUGAUACAAGUGAUAGCGACACUGAGGAAAUCGUAUGUGAACCACAUAAAGAUGAGUGCUUUAUAACAUUUGGAAAAUAUAUUUUCAACAAUUUUAAUUUAUUUAAGGUUUAUAUUAUCAUAAAAUGUUGGGAUAAAUUUAUUGUAUUAGAAAAAAAUUUGGAUUCAAAGGGAUUUCGAUUUAUUGCUGAAUAUGAAAACGUCAAAUCAUACAGUCUAGCGCGCAGCAAUGUAUUAUACCAAGAAGUUGUAAAAAUCACAUUCACUAAUGGCGAAACUAUAUUAAGUGAUUUUCAAGAAACAGUUAAAGAUAUUGCAGAAAAAAAUGACGAGAGUAAUACGUUGAAAAAUGAAUUUAAGGAUAUUUUAAAUUCCAUAAAUGAUAAGCAGCAAGAGCUUCAUAUUCUUAAAAGACGUACCAAUGAGCAAUUCGUUGAUUUACUCAAAGAUAAACGUUUUGGAAGUAAUUUUCUAAUAAUGUUUCACUUAGACGACAAACAAAUGAUAACUCGUUGUGGGGAUGUGUGGUUUCGAUUCACUUUGACAGAUGAGUGCGUGAUUGGUAUAUCAUUAUUAAAUACUUGCAACACCUCUACUUUAACUAUUUUAAAGAACAUUAGACCCAUUCUCAACACACAUGCAAAAAGUAGCUCUAUCGAGUUUUAUUAUUGCUUGUAUGAAUUAAAACGAAAUUUCGAUGAUAUUGAAACACUUGAGGCCUUUUUUCAAAGUGAAGAUGAUAACGUGGAAGCAAACAUUUGGACGCCAAAUGAACAACAACAACUUUCACCAGAAACAUUUGGUGUGCUGCUAAUUAAAUUAAAUAUAUCACAACUUAUAACUUUGGAAAAUGUCGGACUCUUCAUUUUAUUUGAAAUCGAAAAAGACCUACAGUUCUACAAUGAUCUACCUUCCGACCCACAAGUUUGUGAGCAACAAAUGUUCAUUACAGAUAUAAAUAUAAAUGAUUUGUUGAGAAAAAGACCAGAAUGUGAAAUAUUAUUCAAGUCAAAAACAAUGCAUCAAGAUUUCUUAGCAACUGCCUUUACCAGCUUUGAGACAAAAUUACUAUUUGACUUUAAUGAAAAGAGCGACGUAGACAUAUUUGAACGUUUGCUUAGUAAAAUAUUCCAAGUAGAGGUGAUUAAAAGAGCAGGAACAUCUGAAAUACCAAUUGAGCAAGACACACAAAAUUUUGCCAUGGAAGUAGAUGAAAAAGAUGUAUCAGUUGAGAUGAGAUUUCCACAUAAAUUAUUUUAUAAUAAAACUCGUCAUUCACUAUGGUAUGGAUUAUUGAUACUAAAAGUAGCUGCAGAAUGUGAGAAGGAUGAAGAAAAUUUAAAAAUUCAAUGGAAAUUUUAUUUGCAAAAUUCAGAAAAAUCAUUACUGUUUUUCAAAACUUUAUUUAAUGAAAUAGAUUUUACAAAUUGUAAUAUUCAGGCUAUAGAAGAAAUAUCAAUUAAACAAAGCGCUGUAAAUGUUAAGAAUUUUGAGCAUGCCAUACGAAAGGAACUCAAAGCAGUGAAUGAUUUCAUAUCGAACAAAAAUGAAACUGAAACCGAAAAUUUUGUCGCACACCUUACAAAACUACAACUGGAAACAGAUCUCUUGGCACAAGAUUUGCAAGCUGUGUAAGAUUUUUAAAUUUAAACGAGAUUAUUGACAAACUAUGAUUGAAGUCUAAUAAUGCUGAAUUAAACUUCUAAUUGGAGACAUUCCUAUUUACAACAGAGUAACUAUUUUCGAAGUCUAAUAGUGCUAAAUAUAACUCGGGAUUGGAUUUAUUCAAAUUCAUAAUAACAAAGUUUUCAUCAUCUAAGUAUAAUAGUGCUUAAUUUUACUUCAUAUUGAAGGUAUUCUAAAAGAGUCUAAAAGAGCUGAAUAAUACUCAGGAAAAAAGAUAUUCGCAUUCACAUAAUGUUUAUUACAUUGUUUAAUGCUUAUUACAUUGUUUAAUGCUUAUUACAUUGUUUAAUGCUUAUUCCAUUGAAAUGAAGCCAGUCAUAUAUUAGCUAAGAUUUUAUU